AUGUGCUCUUACACAUACUCGUGGUACUACUGCAACCACGACUACUACAUCUGGGCCAACAGCAUCGAAGUCUGCUCUUCCCGCCUCCUCUCCGGCUACUCCUACGACGCCUGGUCUAUUGACAUGUGCUCCAAGAUGAAAAUCGAAUGCGGCGGCUUCUCAAACUACUACUGCACCGACUGCUCCGAAGAUGUAGCACUCGAAUUCGAGCUCGAUGAGCUAUAA